GUUGAGUCAGAAGUGCGGCGCAAACAAACACACGAAGGAAUCACUGAGGAGCACGGCUGGGUGACUCAAACGUCAUUUUGAUAACCCUCCAGGCGCAAUCACAGCUUGUAACUCUGACUUUGCUUCCACAACUCCCAAUCUACGAACAGCCAGGCACUUGAAUCCAAACAAAAGACAUAUCUCUCCGUCAACGCUAUCGGACUGGACUGGCCCUAGACUACUCGCUCAAUUGUUGCAACCUUCAAAGCCCGAGCAUCUGCCAACAGAAAGCCGUCUCACUUUACGCUCGACACGUUUCCGGAGGGGGUCACCUGGAGUCAAAGUCGCAGAUAUGGCGGAUACCGAUGAACGUCCAUCGGUCCCUGUGCGCAAGCAACGCAAGAGCGUCGUCUUCAACACUGAAAUAGACGUAGUCGAAGCAGACGGAACAGUCAACACCAUGGCUUCCACCGAAGAGCCCAAGGACACCGCCAUGUCCCACGCACCAAGUACGACGCCUCUGUCCGACGCACUUGAGGCCUUUACUGAUACCACUCAAGCUGAUGCCGGCGAUGCUGCUCCCGCCGACGAGCCCACUCUCGAUCUCUCCUCCAUGAAGAAGAAGAAGAAGAAGGUCAAGACCGAGGAUGCCGACACCGCCGACACACCCGCAGAGGGAGAGGACGGACUGGCCCUGCCCAAGAAGAAGAAGAAGAAGAAGGUUCCCAAGGAGGGUGAGGAUGAUCUCGCCGCCAAGAUCGCAGCUCUCGAGGUCGACAACGAUGGCGAGGGAGCCGAGGCAGAGGAGGAGGCCCACGAGGAGCAGAGCGGUGAUAUGGACAAGGGCACCGGCAUCUGGCAGCACGACGAGAUCAAGCCCAUCACCUACGACCUCCUACUCAGCCGCUUCUUCAGCCUCCUGUCCCAGAAGAACCCCGACCACGCAUCAAGCGGUGCCCGCAGCUACAAGAUCCCUCCGCCCCAGUGUCUCCGUGAAGGAAACAAGAAGACCAUCUUCGCCAACAUCCAGGAGAUCUGCAAGCGUAUGAAGCGAACAGAGGAGCACGUCACUCAGUACCUGUUUGCUGAGCUGGGUACAAACGGUUCCGUCGACGGUAGCAGAAGAUUGGUUAUCAAGGGUCGUUUCCAACAAAAGCAGAUCGAGUCCAUGUUGAGGAAAUAUAUCCUCGAGUACGUCACGUGCAAGACCUGUCGUUCCCCUGACACAGAGCUCAACAAGGGAGAGAACCGUCUGUACUUUAUCACCUGUAACUCGUGCGGUUCCCGACGUUCCGUCCAGGCCAUCAAGUCUGGUUUCACAGCCCAAAUCGGAAAGAGAAAGAAGAUGCAGGGUUAAGCUGUGUAAUAGGAGCAUUGGUUUGGGCUUUCUAUUGGCAGACAUAUGAGACAGUUAUGAGGACAUGCCAAGGUUAUGUCGUAUGAUCAACAGAUAGGUGCCACAAAAUAACACAGCGUUCAUAUUUUCUGAUGAAA